GUCUCUAUAACUGGGAUGCCUUCCUGGCACCAGGCUACCACGUCCCCACUGUCUCUACCCGACGUCUGUCAGCCCUCCGAACUUGGCUCGCAGUGCCAGCCACUGUCUUCUGCGCUCCCGCGCGGUGUUCCGCCAAGGCCUUGCCCAGCUGGAAUGCAGAGAUCGCCGCCCGGCUACGGCGCACAGGACGACCCGCCCUCCCGCCGCGACUGUGCAUGGGCCUCCGGACUCGGGGCCGCUGCUGAGCCGCGCGGCCUCCCUGUCACCAACGUCUCGCCCGCCGAGCCCUCCUCGCCGUCCAGCCUUCCGCGGAGUCCACCGCGCAGCCCCGAGCCAGGACGCUAUGGCUUAGGCCGCGGAGAGCGCCAAACAGCCGACGAGUUGCGCAUCCGGCGGCCGAUGAAUGCUUUCAUGGUGUGGGCGAAGGACGAGCGCAAGCGACUGGCGCAGCAAAAUCCGGAUCUGCACAACGCAGUGCUGAGCAAGAUGUUGGGCAAAGCGUGGAAGGAGCUGAACACAGCGGAAAAGCGGCCCUUCGUGGAAGAGGCCGAACGGCUGCGUGUACAGCACUUGCGCGACCAUCCCAACUACAAGUACCGGCCUCGCCGCAAAAAACAGGCGCGCAAGGCCCGGAGGCUGGAGCCCGGUCUCUUGCUCCCGGGCCUCGUGCAGCCGUCUGCGCCGCCAGAGCCCUUCCCUGCAGCUCCAGGCUCGGCCCGCUCCUUCCGCGAGCUGCCCACACUGGGCGUGGAGUUCGAUGGCUUGGGGUUACCCACGCCCGAGCGCUCGCCUCUGGACGGCCUGGAGCCUGGCGAGGCCUCCUUCUUCCCACCGCCUUUGGUGCCCGAGGACUGCGCUGUGCGGGCUUUCCGGGCGCCCUAUGCCCCCGAGCUGGCACGGGACCCGAGCUUCUGCUACGGGGCGCCCCUGGCUGAGGCGCUCAGGACCGCGCCGCCUGCCGCGCCGCUAACGGGCCUCUACUACAGCACCCUGGGCACGCCAGGUCCGUUCCCCAGUCCUCUGUCACCACCACCUGAGGCCGCGCCUCUUGAGGGAACAGAGCAACUGGAGCCUACCGCUGACCUUUGGGCUGAUGUGGACCUCACCGAAUUCGACCAGUAUCUCAACUGCAGCCGGACUCGACCGGAUGCCACUACACUUCCCUACCAUGUGGCGUUGGCCAAACUGGGUCCGCGCGCCAUGUCCUGUCCAGAGGAGAGUAGCCUCAUUUCUGCGCUGUCUGACGCCAGCAGCGCAGUCUAUUACAGCGCCUGUAUCUCAGGUUAGGCACUGCCCCUGCCCUUCAGCGCUUCAGCAUGUGGCCAAAUGGCAGGGCCUUGCCUGCUCCCUUCCUUUCGCAGAUGUAUGUUAGGUAUGCAGCAGCCUUUAGAGCUGGUGACCUAAGGGUGCCACCUCUGUCAUUCACAUACCUCCUUCUGGGGGCGCCUGUGUGUUGGGCCUUUCCUUGGAAGCCCAGGCCCUGGGUGUGCUAGCUUUGUCAGGGUUAAGGUUUUGAAACAUUUAAUUCUUUUCUGCCAUGUAUUUUCUAGAAUGAGACUGUGUUUUUUACUUUGCUUUUAUAUACAUAUAUAAUACACUAUAUUUAAUUUUUAAUUAAACUUUUUUCUUUCGAAGGA